UUGAGAAAGGGAUAAAAUUCUCAGAGCAGCUCGAGAGUUGAGAGAGAGAGAGAGAGAGAGAGAGAGAGAGCAAAAAUGGCCGCUUCGAUUAUCUCAGCCUCAGACCAGUCGUUCCUCUGCACUCGCUUCCCUCCUUCAAAAUCCCAACGAGUCCUCUCUCCUUCAGCUAGAAACAAUCUCAAUCUCCAAUCGAAUCGAUCGGUGCUCUCGAUUUCGAUCUCUUCUUGGCCUUGCCCUUGCUCCGCUGGAACCCUAGAGCCUGAAGUUCCUGUCGACGACAACCCUAUUUCUAACCCUAACCCUAACCCUAGCCAUAGCCCUAGUGCUGUUACUGCUGCUAGAGAGGGAGGAAGGGACCGGCGACGGGCGGUGAGGAUCGCAUGGGAGAAGCUCGUUCGGUGGUCCCGGUCCUGGCGGUCCAAGGCGAAGACUGAUGUACUCGAGCGAACCAAAAAGGUUGUUGUUCUUGGUGGUGGAUCUUUUGGUACGGCAAUGGCAGCACAUAUUGCAAGUAAGAAAGCUGAUAUGGAGGUCUCUAUGCUUGUCAGGGACGUCAAUGUUUGCCGUGACAUUAAUGAGAUUCAUUUUAAUUGCAAAUACUUUCCUAGACAUAAGCUUCCUGAAAAUAUUGUCGCCACAACCAAUGCAUCAGAUGCUUUAAUAGGAGCUGAUUUUUGCUUUCAUGCUGUUCCUGUGCAGUUCAGUUCAUCUUUUCUUCAAGACAUUUCCCAGCAUGUUGACCCAAAAUUGCCAUUCAUAUCUCUUAGUAAAGGCUUGGAGCUAAAUACCUUAAGGAUGAUGUCUCAAAUUAUUCCACAAGCGCUGGGAAAUCAUCGUCAGCCUUUUACUGUGCUGUCAGGGCCCUCCUUUGCAUUGGAGUUGAUGAAUAAAUUGCCAACAGCAAUGGUGGUUGCAUCAAAAGAUAAAAAACUAGCAGCUAUAGCACAAGAACUAUUAGCUUCCCCACAUCUGAGGAUAAGCUCAUCAAGUGAUGUCACAGGAGUCGAAAUAACUGGCGCAUUGAAAAAUGUGCUUGCUAUAGCAGCUGGUAUUGUGGAGGGAAUGAAUCUCGGAAAUAAUUGUAUGGCAGCUCUUGUUGCUCAAGGUUGUUCGGAAAUAAGAUGGCUGGCAACAAAAAUGGGAGCAAAACCAACAACACUUACUGGUUUAUCAGGUUCUGGCGACAUUAUGCUUACAUGUUUUGUGAGUCUUUCUCGAAAUAGAACUGUAGGAUUGCGUCUUGGUUCUGGAGAGAAGCUUGAGGAUAUACUGAGUUCUAUGAGUCAGGUUGCUGAAGGAGUUUCGACUGCUGGGGCUGUUAUUGCGCUGGCUGAGAAAUACCAUGUUAAGAUGCCAGUCUUGACUGCAGUUGCUCGGAUUAUUGAUAAUGAAUUGACUCCCAAGAAAGCUGUUCUGGAGUUGAUGAGGCUCCCUCAGGUUGAAGAAGUGUGAAAGUAAAAACCGGGUGAAGGUCCCAAAUUUGGGCCAGUACACUAUACAUUUUGCAUUAACUGGUGACGGAAAGACCUUGCAAUGUUUAAAAAGAGUGUUAUGCUAUCAUACAUGAAGCAGGGAAGGAGAAAAUGCUUGAAAUUUUUGUUUUUUUUUGUUUUGUUUUUAUUUAUUUAUUAUUUUCUGUUCCUUUUUUUUUGUUUUUUUUAAUUGUAAAGGUUGGUAGUUCAAAGAAACAAUUGAGGUACACUGGAGACCGUCCCUAUGUAAGAAGAGUGACUGCUGUUCUUUAUGUAAAAGAAAUAAAAAAUAGAAAGGUGUGAACUUUUUUUUA